CCAAGAAAAAUGUGCAUAUCCGUCGGCCCAAAAUAUUCAGUUUUAUUUUAUAAUUUCCGGCCCAAAUACAAAAUUAAAGAAUUGGGCCCAAAAUUCAAAAUUGCAAAAGUAACGUCUUCUCCCCAUCAACGUCCGCCGCUACUGAUGGAGCAACGCCUCGUCGCCGCCGUCGGCCGGAACCCUAAUCUCUCUCCUAAAUCGUCAGUCGCCGUCCUCUCUCUCAUCACCAACCCCUGCACGUCCGACUCAACUCUUACCACCAUUGUAGAAACCCUAAACCUCCAUCUCCAAAAUCCUAAUUCUAACCACCAACAAAUUCUCUCACUCCUCUCCGCUCUGUCCGACUACCACCCCCGCCUGCGCCACCGAGUCGGAGCCGCCGUCCAUGCCUUCAUCCUCCUCCCCUCAACACCAACCUCCGCCCUACCCCACGCUCUUUCGUUUCUCAACCCGGCGGAUUCCACCGCACUCGACCUCUUCUCCGAUGAGUCGUUGUUUCUCUCCCUCUGUUUCUAUGAGUGCGUGAAAACGAGAAAAUGGAUGCUGAGGAAUGUGAGUAAAUUUCGCAUGAGGCCAUCGGUGUUGCUGACGGUGCUCUUAGGGUUUACUAAGGAUCCUUAUCCCUAUAUUAGGGAAGCUGCAUUGGAUGGUUUGGUGAUGAUUUUGAAUGAUGGUGUUGUGGUGGAGGAUCGAAGUUUGGUUGGAGGUUGCUACUUUCGUGCUGCAGAGCUUCUGUUUGAUGCGGACAAUUCAGUGCGACGGUCGGCUGUGCGCGCGGUCAGUGAAUGGGGGCAUUUGCAUGUUGCAUUAAACCCAGAUGAAAGUAAAAGAGAUUGGUCUGAUGCAUUAUUUCUACAGCUUUGCUUGAUGGUAAGAGACAUGGAUAUGGAGGUAAGGGUUGCUGCUUUUAAUGCGCUUGGAAAGAUUCCAACUGUUUCAGAGAAUAUAUUGCUUCAAACCUUAUCUAAGAAGGCUUUGCCAUCAACCAAAGAAAAAGUUUACCCAGGCCGGUACACUGCUAAAUUAUCUAAAAUUCCAGCAACUGCUGCUGCAUUUGCUUUUCUUCAUGGAUUGGAGGAUGAAUUUUUUCAGGUCAGAAGAUCUGCUUGCCGUGCUCUGCAAACUCCGACGGUCCUAUCUGCUGAAUUUUCUUGUGGGACUGUAGACAUAUUGAUGGAUAUGCUGAAUGAUGACUUGGUGAUGGUACGCUUACAAGCGUUGGAGACUCUGCAUCAUAUGGCUACAUACGGCCAUCUAAAUGUGGCAGAAUCUCACCUGCACAUGUUCUUUAGUGUUUUAAUUGACAAUGAUGCCUUGAUAAGGUCUGCAAUGAGGAAGACUCUCCAGUAUACUAAGUUACAGAAGUUGGCAAUGUUUCGAUCUUGCAUCGAGAAUCUUAUAAAGAACUUGGAGCUCUAUCCAGAGGAUGAAGCCGAUAUCUUUUAUGCUUUAUAUAGAAUUGGUUGUUUGCAUAGAAAAUUUGUAGUCAAGAUCAUUCAAGAGGUUUCUCAAGAGUUGGAGCCUUCCUUUGAUGGCAAGUUGGGAUUUAACAAGGUGAGAACAGCUGGAUUGUUUGUGCUGGCCAUCUCAGCUCCUGUGUCACUUGAACGAAAAACCAGCAGUAUCCCUCCACAGAUAUUUUCUUAUGCAGUUACACUCUUGGGUAGAAUAUCCUGUGGUCUUGUUGAGGUUGUGGAUGAGAACACCCUUUUAACAUAUCUAUCUCAGUGCAGCAGAUUCACUUUUACAUCAACUUCUGAAAAUUUUGAGGGGGGAUUACUGGAUUUUGGUUUGAAGUACAAUCAUAAUCACUUACAUGAAAAGAGUAAUGAAGUUUCCUCUCUUUUUCCUGUAACAAUGGGACCUAAGAAAUUCACAACUCCCCUUGAGUCACAAGUUAAAGCUAUGAGCUGCGUGGAAAUUAUAUUCCAAAAAGUUGUUGAUUUGUGGCCGCUGAUUCAACUCGGAUGCAUGAAUGAAGUAACUCGAACAUUGAGGAGUUGGAAAGAGGGGAUCAGUAGUUUUACUCGCGACACACACCAAACUGCGGGUGUCGUGGUUUUUGCUUUGAAAUACAUACACAUAAUUAAACUGCUUGGAAAUGCUUGGGCAUAUUCUUUUACUAAGACAAAUCUCCAGUUGAAAGGGAUGGGAGCUUUGGAGAACUUGUUGGGUAAAAUGGAAAGGAGACUCUCAGAAAUGCUAUAUAGAUACGUGGGAAUGAGCAGAAAUGAAGAAUUACAUAUCCUAGAGCUAAUGCUUGUGACUUAUGCUAUGAGAUUGUCUCAUGGAGACACCUCGUGUUUUGAGGAAUAUACGAAGAAACUGAAUUCUGUGAUUCGUAGUGUUGAAUGUCUUCAUAAAGAAGGUCCAGUUGAAGGUUCACAUUUUGUGACUGAGCUCCUGAACGUAUCACAUGAAAUUGGUGACUCGGAGGACAAAGCCGUGGACAUGCCGGACUUGCUUCUGAACUCUCUUAAGCUCUUCUCGCUGAAGCGUAUUGUGUUAUCUGGAGAGCUAAAAUACCUUGACGCGGAAUUGGAUGCUUGUGGUAAUGAUUUCCAAAAGCCUCUCCCUUUUGUUCCAGGUUUACCUGUUGGUAUUCCAUUUGAGAUCACAUUGCGCAACAUGUCUAGUGAAAUCAAAUUGUGGCUUGCAAUUUCUGUUGGUGAGAAAUCAACUCAGUUUGUCUUCCUUGAUUUGGAUGAAUUUGGGGGAUCCGAGAAGUUUAAAUUUGUUGCUCCUUUCUUUAGGACACCCAGAGUGAAACACUUGGUAUUGAAGGUUUCCAUAGCCAUGGAAUACUUGUCCGAGGAUCGAUAUGUGAAGCGCUACAACGGGCCCAAACACGAGCUCGUCUACCUUUCCAGAGGCACAGAAGUUCAUCUGUCUAUGGUUGUUAGAUGAUGUUUAUAGAUAAACAGAAUCUUUAAAGCCUGCAUGACGAUGGUGGAUUCAAAUUUGAGAUUAUGCAUGCAGCGAGCAGAGUCUGGACCUUUGAGAAAAGUCAUUGGUGAGAAUGAGGGAUGAAACGCCGGCGAGGCCCGAGGGCCCCGCGCCCAGCCUGCGGUGGAGUGGGAUAUUGGCGUUGGCGUUGAGAGAAGCCAUUUUGGGGAAAGAGAGGAAUGGAUGCAGAAGAAAAGAUGGUUUGUGUGUGUGUGAGUGUUGUUUUUUGUAGCAGGGAAGUGUGGGUUUGUAAAGGAAGGGGGGAAAGUGAAUCUGUUUUUUGUAGCAGAGGAAGUGUGGGUUUGUAAAGCUAGGGGGGAAAGUGAAUCUGAGAUAAAAUAAGUAUGUGUGUUUUUUCUUCUCUUCUUCCUAGUCAGUUGGAGUCUGCAAAACGGUUUUUCAUCUUCUAUUUGUAUUGAGAAGUCGAGUGUUAUUAUUCAAUAUAUAUUUGCUACACCCUUUUUAAAA